UAUCCAUCCACAUAUUUUGCCCUGCUCCUUUUUUAGUACAAAGUACCGACCUAAGGCGCUGGCGCUGGCGCUGGCACUGGCACUGGUACUAAUCGACAGAUUUAUUGCCGUGGGAAUUUGUAAUCCCAGCCAUAGCCGUCUUACCGGAGCGGUGCCGUGGUCUAUGGUCGUGAUCCCCUAUUUCUGUACCACAUCCCACCGAACGUCGUCAGUCUCUCGUCGAGUUGGGCAUACAUUUGUGAUACCCUCCUGCAACUCUCGAGAAAUACCCUCCAUCCAUACUUUGUAUAUUUUAUUAUCCCUAUACAAAUUAUUCAAACCGUCGAAGUGAAGGUUUCCAAUACCAGUUGGACUCACCCUUUACUCCCUCCUCUUCUUCUUCUUCCUCCUCCUCUCCCCCCUCGUCCGGUCUUCUCAACAACUCCGCCAUGGCUCCCCACCACAACAGGCCCAAGGCCCCGGUGUACGUGCUCGGCGUGGGCAUGACCAAGUUCAUCAAGCCGCGCGGCAAGGUGGACUACACGGAGCUCGGCUUCGAGGCCGGCGUCAAGGCCAUGCUGGACGCGCAGAUCAACUACGACGAGGUCGACCAGGGCAUCGCCUGCUACUGCUACGGCGACUCGACCUCGGGCCAGCGCGUGUUCUACCAGUUCGGCAUGACCCAGAUCCCCCUCUACAACGUCAACAACAACUGCUCCACGGGCUCCACGGGUCUCGCCAUGGCGCGCCAGUUCAUCGGCUCGGGCGCCGCCGACUGCGUUCUUGUGGUUGGGUUCGAGAAGAUGAUGCCCGGGUCGCUGCAGUCGUUCUUCAACGAUCGGGAGAACCCCAUGGGUACUACCCACAAGAUGAUGGAGGACACUACGGGGAUCACGAAGGGGCCCCUUGCUCCCCAGAUGUUUGGUAAUGCUGGGCGGGAGUACAUGGAGAAGUUCGGCGCCAAGGCCGAAGACUUUGGCGAAAUCGCCCGUAUCAACCACGAGCACUCGGUGCGCAACCCCUACUCGCAGUUCCAGGACGUCUACACGCUGGACCAGAUCAUGUCCUCGACCGCGAUCCACGCGCCGCUGACCAAGCUGCAAUGCUGCCCGACCUCGGACGGCGGCGCGGCGGCCGUGCUCGUGUCGCAGGCCUUCCUGGACGUGCGCCCCCACCUGCGCGACCAGGCCGUGCUGAUCGCGGGCCAGUGCCUGGCGACCGACGGCCCGAGCCUCUUCUCGCGCAGCGCCAUCGACCUGAUGGGCUACGACAUGACGCGGCGCGCCGUCGAGGUGGCGUCGCGCGAGGCCGGCGUCAGCCCGCGCGACGACGUCCAGGUCGUCGAGCUGCACGACUGCUUCAGCGCCAACGAGAUGGUCGUCCUCGACGCCCUGGGUCUGGCCGAGCGCGGGAAGGCCCACGAGCUGGUGCGCAACGGCGACAUCACCUACGGCGGGCGGUACGUCGUGAACCCGUCCGGCGGGCUCAUUUCCAAGGGGCACCCGCUCGGCGCGACGGGUAUUGCGCAGUGCGCGGAGCUGGUGUGGCAUCUGCGCGGCUGGGCGAAUAACCGCGCCGUGCCGAAUACGAGGGUCGCGCUCCAGCAUAACCUUGGACUGGGCGGUGCUGUUGUCGUGACGAUCUAUCGUCGCGCUGAUGGGCGGGAGGCGCCCGAGGUCGACUCGGCGGAGGUCGGCAAGGUCAACCGCCUUGGUUACAACCCUGCGGUGGAGGCCAAGGGUUUCACUUCCGAGCAGGUCAAGAAGGUGGUGAGCCGGACGAAGUCCAGCGAGUGGGCUCUGCAGGAUACGCAGAAGAAGGUCCAGUCGCGGUUUUAGCGUGUGGGGUGAGGAGAGUCAAUAUCAUAGGUUCUGACGGCCUAGGUUUUAGAUCAUGUACAUGAAUGCCGAUUAGAUCAUCGGCAAAUACAUACGAAUCAAACGAAAGUCACUUGAUAGUAUGCUGCUGCUCGUGUUUGCUUCUCU